UGUAAGUAUGACCGUAGCUUUGUUCCUAGGUCUAACAGCGCUUCUUACUACAAGUACUGCGUGGCAGACAUGCCCUAGUGAAGAAUUUCGCUGCGACAUCAGUCGUUGUAUCUUGCGCAGGUUUGUCUGCGACGCAUGGAUUCACUGCAAGGACGGAUCGGACGAGGCUAACUGCACUCCUCAGACAUGUGCACCAGGAGCUUUUUGGUGCGACAACGGCUGCCGUGCCAAGGAAGAACGAUGCAACGGCAGGGUCUGGUGUAAAGAUGGGGUUGAUGAGAUGAAUUGCCCAGCACGGUCGAGCAACCAAACGUACACAUGUCCUGGAUCUGACGGCCGAUAUUACGAACCCACCGUCGUUUGCGAUGUCGACUGCAACUGCGACGGCUGUGAAGAUGAGAAAAACUGCAAUCGCCCAGAGGCUUGCAGUCGAUCAGCUGGCGCUUUCUUCUGCGACGGCGAGUGUCGCAAUCGCGAUCGGAGAUGUGACCGAGUUGCGGACUGCAGUGACGGAAGAGACGAAAUGAACUGUCCAUACAACAAAAAGAAGACUACAUGAUUGACAUUGA